AUGGAGAAACAGGUUUAUGUACGGCAUUCAUGCAGGACAAAAUACUUGGCACAUGUGAACACAUUAUUAACAGAUGUGCAAAAGACAUUGAUACAAACAACUCCUUUUGCAUGGCUAUUGUCCAUUGAUGUGGAUGCCAAAAUGAGUAGGACACUACUUUUAGAAUUGUGUAGUAGAUGGUCAGAGAGGAGGGGCGGGUUUGAAGUUAGGUCUGUCUUUAUUCCAUUCACCAAGUUAGACCUUUGUUUAGGUUUAGGGGUUAGGGUUAAUGGAGAGAUGUUUAAGUUGUUUAAAGACGAAGUUGAUUGUCAUACUAGGAGAUUGUUUGACACAAUUGAUGUAAGUGUUCAUAAUGUUUAUGAAGAAAUUCAAAAGCAUAUAAAAGGGGAUGAAGUAAGUGAUGUUUGUAGAUUAUAUUUAUUGUUAGGGUUGAGUGAGUUUUUCUUCCCAAAUAGAGGUGGAAAAGUUCCCUUAGGUUUAUUUGAAUUAUUAGAUGAUUUAUCCUGUAUUGGAAAAUAUAACUGGGGGCGUGUUAUUUAUGAGUAUUUGGUUUCUAGUUUGUGUGAUGUUGCACUGUGUGUGGGAAAGAGACAAAACAGAUCACACUGUCAUGUGGUUGGUUGUGUAUUUGCAUUACAGAUCUGGGCAAUGGAACAUGUUUUGUACGGUCAGAAGAAGUUGGCUAAAACAAAUAGUUGUUUACCUAGAAUCCUUCAUUGGAUACAUGUUAAAGUUGGUGAAGCAGAAAUUGAGAAAGCCUUUCUGUGUAAUGAAGUGAUUACCGAGAUAUAUGUAAGCAAUGAAGAGAUGUGUACUGAAAUAGUCAAAGAAGGCUUAGAUGGUCAUCACAAUGCUGGAUUGAAGGAGAACUUGCAAAGGCGAUCUAUGGCUGAUAUUGUGGCAGAAAAUGAAGCUUUGGUUGCUAUCAUUGUUGACCAAGAGGCAUCCAUUGGCAAGCUGGAGAAAAUGGUUGACAACCUGGCAAUGGUUGUUGCACAAAAGCGGCAACAAUUUGAUGAUGUUACGAAUUCAAAUUCGAAUAAAAAGUGUGACAUGUUAGUUCAUGAAUUUGGGACAAGUAGUUCACAGGAACAUUAUGAGGUAGAAGUAUCAUCUAUUGGGAAGUCAAAUUCAAAGAAAGAGUCAGAGAUUGAAGGUGAUCGUGUGGAUAAGUCCAAUUCUGAGAAUGUUUUUGAUGUUACACCUGCUGUUGGAAAAAGUUUCAUUGAAAAUGAUGGUGAUGUUUUAGGUCAUGCAGAGAUGGAUACUGAAAAAUCUGACAUCUACACGCGUUUAAAAGCUCAACCUAGGAAGUGUGUUAGAAGUGUUCUUCUGAAAACCCCUUGGACAAGAUUAGAUAGGAAAAAUCAUAGGCGCAUUGUAUAG